GAAACCUGCUGCUUCUAUACACAUUUAGAAGUCCACAGAUGCACCUGUUGAUCGAGGAGAAAGUUACGUGUUUCACAAUGAGCAAAGUUGCUGAGAUGAAGUGUGACACUCUUCUUUUUGAGGACGACAUUAAGACAGAGGAGAGGAGCAGACUGCGCUGUGUGGACUUGCCUCAGAGCAGUUUACCAGACGGGCAGAGCGCAGACCUGCUGAGGUGCCAAGAGACCAACGAGGACAGUUCUCCUAUCAGGAGAUACGGGUCUCGUUUGGGUGGGGUCAAAGUUCGCCACAAGAGACAGGUGCUGCAGGACAUGGCCCGGCCGCUCAAACAUUGGCUGUACAAACACAGGGACAACCCCUACCCCACCAAGACGGAGAAGGUCCUGCUGGCUCUUGGUUCUCACAUGACUCUAGUGCAGGUUUCUAACUGGUUUGCAAAUGCCCGACGGAGACUUAAAAACACAGUGAGACAGCCAGACCUGAGCUGGGCCCUGAGGAUCAAACUGUACAAUAAAUAUAUCCAGGGAAAUGCUGAGAGACUGAGCGUGUGCAGUGAUAACUCUGGAUCAGACGGUGAAGACUGUCCCUUACAAACUACCAUUGGCCAAUCAGACUUUGGCAGGUCCCACACGAGCGCACUCGAGAAACAGGGUGGCGUCCUUGCCAUGGUGGACUCUGCCAACAGUGACGACAGCGCUUCGCCUCCAUCCAAGUACAAGAGCAGUUUGCUGAACCGCUACCUGAAUGACACCCUGAGGCACAUGAUGUCGGGGGAGGCCAACAGCGUCACCCCGACCCGCAAGAGGAGGAGCCACUCCGAGUCGUUCAGCUCCAACGAGUGCGAUCGAGAUGUUGUCUCUCCGGCAUCAUCAUACGAAACGGAGGCCAAUUUCGUCUACCACAUGGACACAAUGGACUAUACAUCAAAUAAAUCUGACAGGGAGCAGCAGCAGGGCCGAGGUCACCAUAGACGAGCUGAUCAGGACUGGAGGGAGAUUCACGCCGCUGUGGCUCUAACCAACCUGGCCCAGGGACAGAGCUGCAUUGAAGACCCCAGCAUUUUGACAGGGCCCAAAGCUGGUACAGGAACGAGCAGCACACGAGGUCCCAUCUCGGUUACCACUAUCCUGGACAGGAUACGUGUCACAGGACCCAACGCUGCUCUGAGGCAGAGCUGCACCACGGGGCCCACUCUGACCAGUCGCAUCAUCCAGAAGUCCUCCCAUAUCUCUGAAGUCCAGACUGUUAAUGUGGCCCUGGCAAACGGUGUGUAGGCAUUUCAUACGAGCAUCUGGCCAAUCGUUCCAUGUAGGAAUACCAGAUGCUUAAGUGCUGAGCAAUAUCUUUACAGCCCCUGUUCUUUUGUAAAGCUGAUAAACUUUGACAUUUUCAAUCAUUUUUACAUUGUAAAAGGGAAAAACUGACCUGAUGCAGUUUGAGUAUUUUCUACUUUUUUGCCAUGUUCUAAUGACUUCCUAUUGCCGUCUGUUGCAGUAAGUUAUAUUAACUUCCACGAGACUGGACUAUCAUCCAAUGCUUAAAUCUGACAGCAGCUAUUU